UCUCACCAUCCAUUUCCUGUCACCAGUCACCGCUACAUUUUCUCACGCCAUCACUAGUCACUACUCUCUAUUCUCCUACAGGUACUUCUUUAAAGAAAGUCUUAUUCUUAAACCCUACCAAACCCCCUUCUUCGAUUACCAAUUUCAUGUCUUUAACAAUGGAGCCCUUCAACUUACUCAAAUUCUGGAGAGGUGUUACUGGUGCUGCCACUGGAUUUACUAAUAAUACUGACAUCAAAACAACCACCAUGAGCUCAACUGAAGAUGAAGAAGAAGAAGAAGAAAAACUUGACGAAGGACCAUUUUUUGAUUUAGAAUUUAAAGCACCUGUUGGUGUUGAUACUGAUGAUGGUCAGAGUGAAUGUAGUGGAGAAGAUGAUGAAGCAGAUUGUGAAUCAGCUGGAACCGAUAACGAUAGUGAAAGAGAAUACAUUUUUACUGGUUCAGCUAACUCUAAUCUUUCGUUUUCUCCUUCUGAUGAUAAUCUGUUCUUUAAAGGACAUUUUCUUCAGCUUGUUGGUGAUGAUGAACCUCAAUCAAAGACUGUCAAACGAAAAUCUUCAAUGUUCAAGUUGGGUUUUAAGAAAUCCUUAAAGCCAAGCACAGAAAAGGUAGAGAACAAUGGUGCAGAUUCUCCAUCUCCAAAAUUCAAGAAACAAACUUCAACACAACAGAGAAUUAAGGCGGAAGAAAUUCCAAUCAUCUCAUUAUUUACUAGAGAAAAUAGUUUGAGAUACCAAUUUAAUAAAGAGAGUCUACAUGAUGAAAUUGCUUCAGAAGAUAAGAAACUCGUAAAAGGUGUUGUUCAGAAGUAUAUGAAGAUGAUCAAACCACUCUAUGUAAGCGUUUCUAAGAGAUACGGAGACAAAUCUAGGUUUUAUAACGGGUCUGUAACAACAUCACCUCUACAGAGAUCUUCUCCUAAGAAGUACAAAAAAGAAUGUGAAGAUAAAUUUGAGACUUCCAGUAAGUCCCCUAAACAGGGGAAUUUGCCAUCAGGAUUAAGAGUUGUUUGUAAGCAUCUCGGAAAAAGCCGAUCUUCGUCGAAUUUUGCUGCUGUUUCUCCGGUGACAUUUCCAUCACAGAGGCAAGACGAUUCCAUGUUUCAACAGGAAGACGGAAUUCAGAAUGCAAUCCUUCAUUGCAAGAAAUCCUUCAAUUCAAGAUUCGAAUCUUCAACUUUGUUUUCUAAUUCAGAUUCAUCACUGCUCUCAAGAUCUAUUAGCGACCCUUCUCAUGAGAAGUCAAUCGAUUUUUUAUCUGAGAAAAUGAAACUCUUCGACCAAGAUGAAGCCGAGAAUGAAGAAUAUUUUGAUCUAUGAUCGAAAAAGGUUUCAAAUCUAAAGUAAUUGAUUAAGCGUUUUUUAAGUGUUUUAUUCUGUAAAAAUCUUACUAAGUUAGAAUUUUGAUGCUAGUUAGGAACUUCGAAUUUCAGUAGUAGUAGUCCAA